GUGUUUGCGAUGGAUACGCUGAGUUAUUUAAUGAAUUAGCUCGUCAUGCUGGAUUGAACACUUGGAAGAUUAAAGGCAAAGCCAAAGGCAUCCACUUUAAACAUGGUGAUAAUAUUGAUAAGAAGGAAUAUGAUCACGCAUGGAAUGGUACUAAAUAUAAAGGAGAAUUUCUCUUUAUCGACAGUACUUGGGGAGCUGGACAUUUAAGUGGCAAAAACUUUGAAAAACGUUUUGAACCAUUUUAUUUCCUUACACUUCCAAUCUAUUUCAUAUAUACUCAUCUUCCUGAUGAUCCAAAAGAACAAUACUUGUCACCUGCAAUCACCAAAAAAGAAUUCAUUAAUUUGACUCAUGUUAGACCACCAUUCUUUGCUGCUGGUUUGGAAUUCCGUGAAACCUUUGGAAAUGCUAUUACUACCCAUGAUGACUUGAUUGAUUUUGAAAUUGCAAGAUUUAAUGAUGAUGAAAGGAAACCAUUACAUGCCGUUCUUGAAUGGAAUGGCAAAGAGCAUGAAGUCUUGAUUCAAAGGGUGGUUGGAUAUGAUUUAGGUUCAGGAAAAGUUUAUAGGUUGCAAACUUCAUGCCCAAAGCGUGGUGAAGGAAAACUUGAAAUAUUUUUAUUAUCUGAAGGUAACAAG